UCUGCAACCAUUGAGCUGCCUGGCGCCAUCCUGAAAGAAUGCCUUCACUGUAAAAAUAAAGAGAGAAAGAGCGAUGGAGUAAGAGUAAGACGGAGAGAGCUGCUGUUGCUGCUUAAUACAGAUUUGAUCUUUGAGUUUUAAAUUCGCUUUGGUCCAGUUUGCGGUAACCCAUCUUCGGGCGAGCGAGAUCGAUUCUGAACACGCGCAACCACUUGUUGCCUCUUCUACUCAAUACCGAAACUGUAGGGGAAAAGCAGAGAACCUCAAUGUGGAAUUGGAAAAGACUGUGGACAUAGAUACGAAAGCGUAGGAGUGCGACCAUGUCUCAAUGUGAUCGACAGAUAUUUAUCUGAAUAGAGAAGACACCUGUGGAUUUAAUAUCACAGGACAUCGGACACAUACUUUCUUCCUUUUCGAACUGCGUUAUAUUCGAUCAUUUUUGUGCGCAUGUUUAAUUGACAAUGGAAGUAACCGCGGAUCAGCCUCGGUGGAUGAGCCAUCAUCACCCUGGGGUACUGAACGGUCAGCACCCUGACUCGCACCAUCCGGGCCUCGGCCACUCAUACAUGGACCCCUCGCAGUAUCCUCUCCCGGAUGAUGUGGAUGUACUGUUUAAUAUCGACGGGCAGAACAACCACGUCUCUUCGUACUACGGAAACACAGUCAGAGCCGUCCAGAGGUAUCCACCUCCCCCUCACAGUAGUCAGGUCUGUCGCCCCCCCCUCCUUCACGGCUCGUUGCCUUGGCUGGACAGCGGCAAAACCCUCGGCUCGCACCCAGGCGCCUCCCCAUGGAACCUGGGCCACUUUCCCAAGAACCCGCUGCAUCACGGCUCCCCGGGAGCACUCUCGGUCUACCCACCGGCAUCAUCGUCCUCCUUGUCGGGGGGACACUCCAGUCCGCACCUCUUCACCUUCCCCCCGACCCCCCCUAAAGACGUCUCGCCAGAUCCGAGUAUAUCGACCCCUAACUCAGGCAGCUCAAAUCGCCAGGAGGAAAAAGAGUGCAUAAAAUACCAAGUAUCCCUGGCUGAGAGCAUGAAGCUGGAGUCAGCCCACAACCGAAGCAUGGCCUCCAUCGGGGCGGGAGCCUCUUCCGCUCACCAUCCCAUCCCCACUUACCCGUCUUACGUCCCCGAAUACGCCCCAGCAAGCCUCUUCCCACCAAGUAGCCUGAUUGGCGGGUCGCCUUCCAGUUACGCUUCCAAAGCAAGACCAAAAACAAGGUCAUCUUCAGAAGGCAGAGAGUGCGUUAACUGUGGAGCCACUUCGACCCCUUUGUGGAGGCGUGAUGGCACGGGUCACUAUUUGUGUAACGCGUGUGGACUCUAUCACAAGAUGAACGGGCAGAAUCGCCCCCUCAUCAAACCCAAGCGAAGACUGUCGGCCGCAAGAAGGGCAGGAACAUCAUGCGCAAACUGUCAGACGACCACGACCACAUUGUGGCGACGAAAUGCCAACGGAGACCCUGUGUGCAAUGCCUGCGGGCUUUAUUACAAACUGCACAAUAUCAAUCGCCCCCUGACCAUGAAGAAGGAGGGCAUUCAAACCAGGAACAGAAAGAUGUCCAGCAAGUCAAAGAAGAGCAAAAAGUCACAGGACAGCAUGGAUGAGUUCUCCAAGAACUUCAUGGACAAAGGAAGCUCCUUCAGUCCCGCAGCUCUGUCCAGGCACAGCGUCUUCCCGCCCUUCUCCCACUCAGGUCACAUGCUUAGCACCCCCACGCCCAUGCACCCUUCUUCCAGCCUGCCCUUCGCUCCUCAUCACCCCUCCAGUAUGGUUACAGCUAUGGGCUAGACACGCCCACUCUACCAAGGCCACGCCCACCUAUGCCCUCUUUUCCUCCUCUGAAGACGAGAGACUUCUCUUUUCUUUUUAAAACGUGAGGGGCACAUCAUUGGACCUGAGGGCCCGGUAGACUGAAUGUUUGCCCCCCCCCCCCCUUUUUUUUGAGGACCAUUGGGUUGUCCUACUUGAGAGGAGGGAUGGAAGGAGCUUGUCUUGUGAGACUCUCAAGCGUUCGCCCAACAGCUGAAUCGGGAUUUAAUCUCCGUGCAGAAGCUAUUAUCUGAAAGAGAUACUCCGAGCCUAAAAGAAAACUUCACAGUCUUAAGUAGGCUUUUUUCCAGAACCUGUGAAACAGGAAUCCCUCGUGCUGUGAACUCUGAAUAUAUUUGUACAAAUUGUAUGAAAUACGGCCUAUUUAACGAAGACUUGUUAAUUAAAAUAUGCCUAUGGGCGGCAACGAUGAGAAGGGUACGAGUCGGGGCACCAGGGGGAUCCAUCCAGCACAGAGAGGUGGGGAGGCCUGCAGGCAGUAGACACACCCCCCCAUUCACUCGCCAAAGGCUCCUCGAUGCAUUAAAACUGCCAGGCAGGCAAAUUAUGUCAAUGGCAGGAAUUUCCAUUUGGUAUGAUGGUUUGACACACACAAACACACACGCAUGUACACACACCUAUCGAAAGACAUUUUUCCAGCUCACAGAUUAUAUGCAUUGUGAAAAAAGUUCCAUGUAUUUGUUAUUUGUAUGUAUAAUUAAGAGUACCAAAAAUAUGAAACAAAGAUGUAGAAUUAUUUCUGUAUGUCACACAAGCUGAAUGGUUGUAAAAAAUUUAAUAACUGCUAGUGUAAAAAAGACUGCAUUUUGUUUCGUAAUAUUUUUCUCUUUCUUUUGAAAAAAUAAACUAGUUAAAAUUCUGUUGACACUGUAUUAGCUUCUUAAGGUAAAAAAAAAACACUUACUCUGGUUUGUGUGGUGUGUGAUGUUUCACUCAUGGUUCAUAUUUACCCAGCAUGCACUGCAACAGACCCAUCACCCCACUGACAGGAAGUACAGAAAUAAACAGUGACACUUUGGGAGGUUUCGCAUCCUGCAUGCCCCAGUUCAGCACUGUGCUCCCUUCCAUGUAUAUCACUGUGAAUAUUGGAUUUUUCUGCCCAAAUCAAUUUGAGAAAAUAAUCCAUUAUACCUGGAGACACAUUGGUUAGUGAAGGACAUUUUGAUGCACAAUUGUUUUUUGUUUUUUUUUUCUUUUAAUAAUAAUUCUUUGGGUAAGUCCUAUUUAUGGUGGGUAGCAGGCAGAGAUGAGCUGGAAGUAGUUUGAACAAAUGUAAAAAGUGAAAGACCAUAACUCUGCAUAAUCAUAUUUCUCAAACCAUAAUACUUAAUUUAUUAUUAAACCAAAUGAAAAAUGACAACAUUACAUUGUUUUUUUUUUAAUAUUUAUUCAGAUUGAUUUAAACAUAUAUAUUGUGUUAGAUGCAAAUGGGAUGAGAAAAUAUAUUGUGAAUAUUUGUUUUUGAA